GACAAGCAGCCAGAAGACGACGAUGCUUCUUCACACACGUACGAAGAAGCCGAGGCGGUGAGAUGUCGCGCAGCGUACACGUCAGCAGACCGCACGUAUCAGGGUGGGGCGAGCGGCCGCCUUGGUGUCUGUAGUUUCCUCCGCUCCAACCGCAGCUGCCUUGCCGCCGGCAUCGCCGUGUUGCUGAGCCUUGUCUCUGUGGGACUCGCCCCUCUGACGUUCAUCAACAAACAGGAAAUAUCUCAAUUGUCGACGACUUUUGACGCCGUGAAAUGCGACCAAUACAAUAUGUCCACAUCUGUGGACGCCUUGAAGCGUAACCAAGACGGCAUGUCCUCUACUGUUGACGCCUUGAAGCGCGACCAAGACGGCAUGUCCACCACUGUUGACGCCUUGAAGCGCGACCAAGACGGCAUGUCCACCACUGUUGACGGCAUGUCCACCACUGUUGACGCCUUGAAGCGCGACCAAGACGGCAUGUCCACCACUGUUGACGCCUUGAAGCGCAACCAAGACGGCAUGUCCACCACUGUUGACGGCAUGUCCACCACUGUUGACGGCAUGUCCACCACUGUUGACACUUUGAAACGCGACCUAGACAACUUGUCGACGACUUUUGACGCCGUGAAAUGCGACCAAUACAAUAUGUCCACAUCUGUGGACGCCUUGAAGCGUAACCAAGACGGCAUGUCCACCACUGUUGACGCCUUGAAGCGCGACCAAGACGGCAUGUCCACCACUGUUGACGCCUUGAAGCGUGACCAAGACGGCAUGUCUACCACUGUUGACGCCUUGAAGCGCGACCAAGACGGCAUGUCCACCACUGUUGACGCCUUGAAGCGCGACCAAGACGGCAUGUCCACCACUUGGUGA